AUGGAGAACUUCAUGCGGAGGAAGAAAAAAGCAGAAAAAGUGGUGGACAUGGAGAAAACUCUCCCCCGGUACGCCCAUAUUUACGAGAACUGCAAAAAUGAGGUAUGCAACAUUUAUUUGAAUAUCUACAGGGAGUAUAAAGAAAGGGAGGGUGUUUUAGGGGAGGAUGUCAAGGAGAUGGAAGAAAGGAUUAAGCGCGUGGUGGAGGAGAAAAAUAUUAAUGAUGAUGGAGUGGAUAAAUCCAUUAAGAAAAGCAUCGAUAUUCUUAUUUCACCAUGCAUUUAUCUGAUAAAUAGAAGCCCGGAUUAUUUCACCAGUUCCUGUUGCUCGGGGAGGGUGGUAAUCUUUGGCGAAGUGGAACAGGUGUACAAGAACAGGAACUUCAACAGUGGUGCAGAUUAUAACAGAUGCAGUUCCUUGUUGGAGGAAGCCAACCUUGGAGGAGAUAUUAUGAAUGGUAAGACAAAAGGGGCCAUCGAAGAAGACGCAUUCCUUUCGUACUUAAAGGGAAGUUACCAUGAGGCGUGCUAUUGGGAUGAUCAGUCUGGCCUUACCAUGAAAGGAAGAAACUCAUCCCCCGAGGGGUUGAAAAGAAAACACAGAAAAAAUGUGCGCAUAUAUUACUCCAGCCACAUGCAUCAAAAUUUGAAGGAAGACUCCAAAAUGGUGAAGAGUAUUUUAACGGAGUGCCUAGGUGGUGUGAACACUCCCCCCCCUGUUGGCAAAGAAGGGGAAGAUGAAUUCCAAGUGGUGACUACCUCAUGUAACGUACCAAGUGAAGGAAAGAAAAAACUAACUCCAGGUGAUCAUCCGAAAGGAGAGGCAACCUAUAUGAAUGAUGAAGAUAAUAGAAAAAUAGCCCCCCCAAAGAAGACAAGGAUUUUCUUCAAAUUUGAACCGUUUAUUAUUCACGUUAAAUGUGUGAAUUUGGUGAGCGCACUGAGGUUAUUGAAAAUGGCACAGCUGUCUGGACUGAAGCAGAGCGGGCUAUUGAACUUUAACCGUGACGUUACCGUUGCGAUUAGAGGAUCCAUGCGACUGGAGCAUUAUGUGGAGGAUGCUCUUUCAAUGGAGGAGAACACCAUUGCGAAGUUACUUGACGUAUGCAAUGAGAAGAUGGACCACAAUUUGAGGCAGCUUGUGGGUUUUUACUAUUGCUAUAAGGAGAGUAUGCUGGGGGGUGGUACCAAGUGGCAUCCCCUUCAGAUGAACAAGGUGGACCCGAUAGGAAAGUCGCAAUGUCUACAAUGUGAGAGAUGUGCUCAAUCCGCUCAUCUGUGUGGUGGCAGCGAAUGGGGACAACAUCUCCCUCUCCCUGAAGAAACUGUGAAAAACGACCUUGCCUGUUCAGGGGAAGGUGAAGAAAAUGGGAGCCCCCCUAAUUUAACAAACAUGGAAGGGGUGGAAAACACAGCGAUCACGGAAAAAAGAAAAAAAAAAAAAAAAAAAAAAAAAUAUAUAAAUUGGAACAAGUACAACAUAGAACUAUCCGACGAAGGACACAUAAGGACUGGUACCUCCUCUAUUGGAAAGGAUUCCUCACUACAAUGGAAGCUCCUUCCAAAUGAGGGAGAUCUAGACAAGUUCUUCGUUUGGGGGCACGAUAUGUUUAUAGAAGAGGGAAUGAUAUACCUGUUUGGUGGAUUUGUUAAGGGAGUGAGGAGUAGGCAGUUGAAUGUAUUCGACGUUGAAAGGAAGAACUUGAGGGCAUAUGUCACCCCGUUGCCAGCGCUCUCAUAUCAUUGCUUUUUCCGGCUAGAUAGGAAUUAUGCCUGUGUGUUUGGUGGGAGAAAGAGCCCAGAAAAUUGUACGAACGCCGCUUGGUUGUAUGACAUGAGAAGGAAUAUGUGGUGCACUGCGGAGUGGCGGAGUACUGGUGAUAAAAGUCGUGGGGAUAAGGAAGUUCAUGGUGAAGAUGCCUCCAGACCAUGUGGUAGGUACCGACACGCGUGUGCAUUCGUCCGGAGAUACCGCAAGAAGCAGAAAGAGGUUUAUUUGUUCUAUCUGCACGGUGGUGUUACGGAGAAGAAUGAAGUGUUGAAUGAUUUAUGGGAGGGGAAAUUAACCGUUGAGGGGAAUAUGACGAUGGGGGUAACUGCUCACAUCGAAUGGGAGAGGAAACUCCGUUCAGAGAAGACCAAACAAGAGGGAGAGGCCUCUUCCCCAUUUUUAAAGAACCAUACAAUGGUGUAUAAUAAAAGGAGGAACGUGAUUCACAUCGUUGGGGGGUGUUCCUCUUCCUGGGCUGAGGGUGCGCACUCGAGUCUGGCCCGAGAGGAACAUCGUAUGGAUCACUUACCCACCUACGACAUGAAGAGGGACUGCUUUUUUUACGUUCGCUGUGGGAACAGUGGGCACGAUGACCAAGAGGCCUUCCCAUUGAACAGAUUUUCGCAUGCCACAUGCCCGUGGGGGCACAACGACUUUGUCCUUAUGGGAGGAAUGAACAUGCAUCGAACCUUGAACGAUGUAUGGCUCUUCCGAAUGAAGGAGAGCAAGUGGUACCGUCUGGGUGCGUUUCCGUUCCAUAGUAUGUACGUGAGGGCGAAGGUUGCCAGUCAGGGGGAUUACCUGUACGUGGUCGGGGGCGGGUGCACCGUCUUUACCUUCGGGAGUUUCUUCGACUUACCCAUUGUUGCUAAUUGUAGGAGCGUCUUAGUCGAAAAGGGGUUAGAAACGGCUAAUAUGGUAGAAACGGCUAAAAUGGUAGAAACGGCUAAUAUGGUAGAAACAGCCGAAACGGUACAAGUGGGGGUAGAGAAUGUGGUAGGAGAAUGGGAGGACAGACAGAUGGACAACCGACCAGACAACGGGGUGGAAGAAGAAACGCCAGAAAUGUCCUAUCUGGCCAAAUGGCAUUCUUACCUCGAGCAGAGGGAGGAUGGACCAAGAAUAUCAUCAUGGCGGAGAUACCAUUACAAAGGAAGGAUGAUAUCCCCAGGGAAGAAAUCGCAGAAGAAGCUUCUAUAUCUAAUUGUAAAGGACAAGACCUACGUGAAGGAGAUGAAAAACGCUCUGGAGAGGAUGGGGGUAUUCGAUAAAGGUAGAAAAAUUGAAGUGUACCAAGGAGGUACAAAGGACGGAAAUGAUGGGAACUCCUUUUUGGUUCCAGUUUUUGAAAAAAUAGAUACAGCAAAAAAUUAUGAACAAGUCAGGCGAUUUUUGUCAUUUGAAAAGAUACAGCUUACAAAGGAGGGAGACAUUUUCUACAUACAUAGAAAUUCCAACCGAGGGAAAGAGAGAACGAGUUUGAAGCAAUGCCUGACGAAACUGUUUUACAAUUUUGUUAAUCGUUUGAGGGGGUACUUGAGCGAGGCUGAGAGGAAGGAAAUCUUAAGGGCCAGUAGGAAGUACGAAGUUGUGGGUGGCAUUGUAAUUUUCCACCAUAAUAAUUUGGGAUCCAUUCUGCAACUGUACCGCAGGUGUGUGGAGAACAUUGCAUCGAAAUACAUGGAGGUGCGAACGGGCAAGUAUGCCAAACUGAGAACCCUGGUGAAGAAGUACAGACAUAGGAAAAUAAUUUCAUAUGUGGAUUCAUUUUGGAUGGAUUUGAGGGACACGUUCAACCAGUUCAGGGGUGGCAACACAAGGAAGGUGGUCAGGAUGCAAAGAAGGUUGCACCUCAAGUGCAUUGAAAGGUUCCUUAAAUUUAGUAGCCUGGCGAGGAGGCGCACCGUGUUGCGCGGCCUGUCGGGUUCAUCUCGGUGGGGGGGCGUAUCCCCCUGUGGGUGUAGAAAAAAAUGUCAUCCUAGGAGGAGAAAGAAAGAGUGCCUUUUUAACCAUCCAUGGUGCUGUAUGUCAUAUGUGGGAAGACGCGCAGUAAAGGUGGAUCAGGUAGCCAAAAUGAAGGAGCAAUUAAAACACAUACGUGAGAGUGAAAUCAGUAGAAAGAAUAACCCACAAAGGAAUUUAAUAAAAAAAAUAGCGAUUUACGAACACAUAGAAGGAGCGAAGAGAAGAAAUAGAAUCCAUUUAGUUCUUGGAAGGAACGCGAAAACGAUACAUAUAGAAAAUAACGUUAUGUAUAAACUAGACCUACAGAAGUGUAUGUUCUGCUCAGGAAAUGGAACGGAAAAGGAAAGGAUGAUGAAUAUCUAUUUGGAUGAAACUAACAUGGUGGCGAACAAGGAAAACGUUGUCGACCUGUUUUGUGGGGUUGGGUACUUCACGCUACCCUUGCUGAAGUUUGUUGGCGAGGGAAAAAUAAAGGAAUAUUACGCCUGUGACAUUAAUGGAGAUUCUUUGAAAUUACUGAGGGAUGCAGUAAGGUUAAAUAAAAUAGAUACUACUCAUCUGAAAAUAUUAAGACAGAACUCUUUUGUCGUGACGAAGAGUGCGCAGCUCGUUCGGAGGUGUCAUCGCGUUUUACUUGGUUUGUUGCCGCACAGCGUAGAGGCCUGGUGCAACGCGUUUCAACUUUUGGACGGUAAGGUGGGGGGUACUCUUCACAUACAUGGCGUUGGGGAAAACCUUUUUGAAGAACAGUUCGUGAGUCAAGUCAAUACAUAUGAUUAUGUCAAGAGUGUGAAAAAUUUUAGCGAGAGUGAUAUCAUCGAUUUUUCCUUAACUGAGUUGGUUCGAUGUACGCUCCACGUGACCAAGGGGCCAGAAAAUGGAGAAGCUCCUUCCAUUAGGCAGUCGUCUCCUCAUGGUGGGUACAAAUUGGGGAUGAGGACGAAGGCUCCCUACAGAGGGAAUAAUGUCUCUGCGAAUCUUCACUUCGCACAGUUCGUGAUGCUAGAGAUUUUUAAGUUGGCCCUGAGGGACUACCUGGCGCAUAGAACGAACUGGGCCAUCUCGAUACUACACGUGGAGCGCGUUAAGUCCUACGCGCCCCGUCUUUAUCACUACGUGGUGGACAUACGGUGCAUUCCGGGGGAGCCACGAGAAGUGUAG